AUGAGCAGCAGUCGGAGAGAGUCGCGCGCCUCUCUGGGCUCGAGGCAGAACGACGCCCUCUUCGAAUUCGAGAACUUUAAGAAGAAAUUCCUCCUCGCCAACAAGCAUAUUACAAAACUCAAUUCAACACUGAGCGUCCGAAUCGAAGAGCUCAAUGCCCAAAUAUCAACAUUGUAUGUUGAGAACCUCAAGUUGCGUGCGUCAGAAAUCGCCCUGGAAGCACAGCUCAAGCGCGAGCGGGAAAAGUCGCGAAAGGUCAUGGCCGAUGCAGAGGCUGCCAGCCUUAACUUGUCGAAACAAUUGAGUUAUCUUCGUCAAACUUUCAAUAUAGGAUUGACACCCGCGACACCACCUACGCCUCCGUCACCGCGAGUAACCAAGAGGCCACAACCACCACCACCUACAUCGCCCACUACACAGGGUACACGCAUCGCCAGGACUCCAAAUGUCCCGGGGAUUUUUGAAGAAGAGGAGCCCUCCUCUUCUUCAUCCGACGAACGCGAUGAAGCAGCGAAAGCUGUAUCUCCACCUCAUCGUAAGUCCAAGUCCAAGCCACGCCUCUCAGCGUCCAAGCUGCCACUGCCCAUGCGGGUGACUUCGCCAACGCCGCUUCCCACCCCAGCACCAGCGUCAACGUCCACGAGAAUACAUCUGGAUCUGAGCGUUGUAUCCACUGGGUCGAAACGCAAGCCUAUGCGAAGACAGAGUGGCUUGUUGACCGUUAAAACGGACGCGCUGUCAGUACCACGCGCAGCAAGUCCGGCCUUUGGGUCUCCUAUACGGCUGGAGGCAGGUCGAGCUGAGGAAGAGGAAGAGAUGGCAGUUGACAUGGAGGUGACGACAGAUUCUUCACCGCCGCCCGAAAGGGAGAAGAAGCGGGGGAAAGCAAAGGAGCGAGAUAUGGCUGCGGAAAGUGAUCGAGACGCUGUUGUUGUAGACAGCAAUACCACUCGACGGCGAGAGCGGAAGAGGGCUCGCGAGGACGAUGAUGUUGUGGCCAUCCCAGCGGAGGCGAUCAAGUUCAAGCUCAUGGAUGUCACUAAUUCGAGGACAGCUCUGCAACCUAUAGGCCAUAAAGUCUUUGAGCAAGCUGACUCUGACUGCGCCCAGAGUAGCAACAACCGCCAGUUCCUGGAAGAAAACGGCUCUCCACCAUCUCUUCCCACCCCACGCGCAUCAUCCAGCCCUACACCGGCUUCUGAAGUGGACGCAGCGACGACUGCGGCUGGACGAGAGAAACGAACAAGAAAAAGCGUCAAUUAUGCCGAACCCAAACUGAACACGAAAAUGCGCAAGCCAGAUCCAAUUCCCGGAUCCUCGGAAUCCACCAGCUCAGGGUCGUCGAGGACGGCGGGCAAGAAAAGGUCUUCGGCUGCGGCUGUGAUGGCUGCGUAUCGUCCAGCAGCAGACGGCAACGAUGCAGACAAUGAUACCGAGGCACGCUCCUCGCUUGAGUGUGCACGUCCUCUUCCUCUUCCCCUUCCUUCUUCUUCCAAGACAGAGGCAAUGUUACCACUGCGAGCGAUGAACGGGGGAUACAUCAACCCAGAAUUAUUUCCACUCCCAGCCUCGCGUCCUGGCUCCGCAGCUGCCAUGUAUUCUCCUGGUCCGCCUCCUCGAGCGGGCGGGAGCACGACUGCAUCCUCGUCUGGCUCUUCGACUACGAGCACUGGAGUAAGUCUGAGGAGGAAGAAGUCAAAGCCGCAGAUAUACUUUGACAGCGAUGACGAGGUUGGAGAGAGUGAUGGUGCAGAAGCGGAUGGGGAGUAUGUUCCUGGUGGUGGUUCGAAGAGAGGUGGAUCUUCGUGGGUGAAUGUUAAUGUGGAAGGGAGGAAGAAGAGUGCGACGAAGAGGAGUGCUGGUGGUGGUGCGAAGCAGGACUAUGUGCAUGCUGCACAUGCGCAGGAGCUGGAUAUGCGCAGACAAUUGGCCGCUCGACCAACCAACACAACGACACGAAGAUUACCCCCUCAUCACUUUUUUGAAAGUGUAAAUACGAUUACCUAUACUCACUCCACCCACAUAGCAGCGGAUAGCCUGUAA